CCUGUUCUGGCAGGUUCUGGCUGCGCUGUGCGCCGACAACGACAGGUGCGCGACAGUCUCUCAGACCUUCGGCCUCUCGCCUUCACUGGAGCUGCUGAGUUCUGGGGCACACGACUAUGGCAUCAAGGAAGCUGCACUGAGGCUCAAGAUGCGCCUGCUUGAAGCCAGGGUGGCACUGCUGUCCAGGCAGCAACAAGAAGCAGCCUUGGCCGACAUGCGGCUGUCGUUCCGGGACCAUCGCAGUGCUGGGAAGGACAGCAGCUUCAUUGCACCAAUGCCGUCUCCAGCCAAGUGUCCAUCGUUUCUCGGGCAGCACAAUGGGGCAGCAAAGGUUGUUUCACUACGCAUUGAGGGCCUUUGUUCUGAGAGCGACAGAGAACUGUGCAAGGAGAAGUUGCUCGCCGUGCAAGGUGUCAUCAGCUUCACGUUCGACAUCGAGAGGCGGCGGUGCGUCGUUCGGGUCAGGUCGGAUCUGUCGCCACGGAUAUUGAUACAAGCUAUCAAGUCUACAGGAACAAUGUCGGCGAUGCAGGUGGCCAACAGCGCUAUUCCAAAAACACCGACCAGUAACAAAACAAAGCCUACACAGCCUUCAGCCAAAGACACUAGACUCGAUGUCGGUGAUGAGGUUACUCGGGAAACGGAAGACGAGAAAAAGGACGAUAGAGAAAACCUGCCAGCCUACCUUCCCGAGGUGGACAGCCCGAUCCGAGCAGAUGCUGUUGUGCGGCAAAAGAAGUCGAAGAGCUCUUCUGCAACCAGCUGGCUUGGAUCGGCCGCCACGUUCAUCACCAAGUCACUCUACUGGUGAACAGUGACUCAAGCUCAGUGACUCUGUGACCUUGAUGAUGCGACAGACUGCUCGUGAACUUUCAUGAGGACUUGUGCCAGUUGUGCAUAGUGUCUGUUAUCUCAAGAGUCUAAUGGCACUCUGUUAAGGGGAGAAAAAUUGCGAUUCAAAAUCGGUGUCUGUUACACCACAACAGUAUGGCUACCAUAUUGUUUGGUGGCUCGCAUUAUGCCGUUUUAGCGUCCAUCUACACCACUGCCAUUACGAUCUCUAUCUCCUGUGUGAUAGUAAUGCUACCUUGUGUACGCAAGGCUGGCAAAGCAAAAUAGCUGUACACGAAAAUUCUACAAUAUAUGCCACUGUGCCUUGCAUUGCAAGUUGUCUGUGUGUGCCUGCCCUGUGUAAGCUUCUCCAUGUGC